UGAUGAUUCACUUAAUUUCACUCCGUACUAGAAAGCAGAGAGAGAGAGAGAGGAGAAAGAAGAAGAAGAAGGUGAUCGAUUCUUGUGGGAAGUUUAGUUGGUUCUUAUUUUUACAUGAAAACAACUUCGCGUUUACUGCCUCCCCCGCUAAUUUCUCAAAGCUAUUGAAUCUGGUUAUUAGUAAAAUGGAUUCGGAGGUCCUCAACACUGCAUCUGUUUCUGAAGAAGUUCAUGCUGGUGAAUUGGAGGUGGAAUCAAAUUAUAUAGAUUCUCUUGAAGUUAUGUCCUCCAGUGGAGACAUUAUGCGAGAACUGGAGAACGUUGGGGAACUUUUGACAAAGGUUGAGUUGGAUUUAGCAUGUUUCUCUGAGAAACUCCUAAAUUUGGAUAUACUUGUAAUGCACGUGGGAGCAAGGGAAAGUGAUUUUGAAGCUUUUGUUUCGGAGAAGGAGAGCACAAUUGGUGAUUCUGCCAAGAAGGCCCUUGAAUUUGAUCUUUUAUCUGGAAUUUUGGAGUCAGAGGUGAAAGACCUAGAUAAUUUUAUAGUAACUCUCCGAGUGGAAAUUGAUAAUGCUCGCGAAAUGACUAUUUCAUCAAAGCAUUAUGGGGAAGCUUUCGAGUACAUGCAAGAAAAGUUAACGGACUGUGUAAAAUCUUUUGACCAGUCAUUGGAGCAGGUUUCAGAAAUGAGGGUGCAAUCCAACAACUUCCAAAGGACAUUGUUAACUUGUUCUGAAGGUGACAAGGACAUCGACUCUGUCGGAAAUGGUUAUUCUUCAGAUUUGAACUCAAAGAUAAAGAUGCAGACUGCUGAACAGCAGAGGCAUAUCUUGAGAAUGUUUGAAAAGUCUUUGGCAAGGGAACUGGAUCUUGAGAAGAAGCUAACUGACUUGAGACAAAGUGAGGAAAUUUUGAAACUUAAGCUGCAACAAGACAUUUUUUAUAUGGAAGAAGAAAAUGAGGUUGCUUGGGAAAAGUUGUUUGAGGCAGAAAAUUCUGCUGAGGUCCUUUUGUGGACGUCAAAAGAUUUCACGAGUCAACUCCAGAUAGUAAAGUUUAAUCUAAAUGUUAGUGUCCAGAGAGAAGCAGGGUUGAGAUCUCAGUGUCAGGAGUUAAGUAAACAGUUGACAAUGAACAAUGUUGCUCUACGGAAAUCUGAGGGCAUGAAUGCAGAACUUGUGGCUAAGUUGACUUCAACUGAGAAACAAGUGAAGGAAUCUGAAUUGCAGCUCUUUAAUUUGAAGGGUUCUGCAGAAAAACAAAGGGAAUCACUCUCUAAAAUUCAUGAACUGGAAGAGCUUGUCUGUCAUUUGAAAGAAAAGGUUUCCGAAGCAGAAAAAAGGGCUGAUGGUGCAGAAGCUGAAAGCAAAUUGCUAAGGCAUACCAAUAUGGAACUUAAAAAAGAUAGUAAUAGUAGUACUUUGGAGACAGUAAAUCUACUUGAAAGGCAAUUGAGAGAGACUGAUGUUCAGCUACAACAUGCAGUUGCAUCUGCUGAAGCAAGUCAGGAGAAGCAAAGCAUGUUAUAUUCGACGAUCAAGGAUAUGGAAGAUUUGAUAGAAGAUCUCAAAUCUAAAGUCUCAAAAGCUGAAAGUCGGACUGAGAGUGCUGAAGAAAAGUGUAUAAUAUUGUCAGAAACCAACUCAGAUCUAAAUGACGAGAUAAAGUUUCUAAGGAACAGAAUGGAGUGCUUGGAUGCAUCACUACAUCAAGCUGAGGAGACAAAGAGAGCAACUGCAAAGGAUAUUGGUAUCCGGACUAAGUUGAUAACAGAUCUUAUCAUGAAGUUGGCUCUGGAAAGAGAACGGCUGCAUAAGCAGAUAUCUUUGCUAACGAAGGAGAAAAAGUUUCUUUUAAAGCGUCUACAGCACAUGAGCAAGGUCAUUCUAGAAACUAACAGUGACGCAACUGGACCCUCAAAUACCAGUCAUGAGGUUGGUUUUUUAUUCUUUACACUGUACGUUGUUGCAUUUGAUGCGCUAAAUUUGAAAGCAGAAUGCACCUUAGUUUCUCAUAGUCAGCUCAAGGAGAGGAUUGUUAUUUAUGAGGAUUUUCUUGACAAUGCAAAUAAAGACAAGCCCAUGGGCACAGCUGGGGUCGGAGUAGCCAAAGAAACAUCCGAUCUCGACUCUGUGAGGAAUAUAGAUGCAAGUCAACUUAAAUCCAAGUGUGUCCUGGUGGCAGUUUUUGUGAUGGUGAUUGCAACUCUAAUAGCUGCCCUUUUUCAGCAUCACAGUGACUGUUUGUGAAGUAGGUAAACCGGACCUCAUCCGAUAUCCUGAAUUUUGUGCCAGCCAUAGUGGGAAGAAAUUUUGGCCGCAUCAUAGCUAUCUUGCGCAUUUUGCCUAUUAGCUACGUAGAGGACGUUGUUUUCAUGGUUAGGAGUGCUUAAAUGAUGUGGUGAUGCUCCUUUUAUGGUGUUUUGUUAUCUUCCUCUUUUGCUCUGAUGUAACUUGAACUGUAGUAUUAUGCUCACCUACUGAGUAGCUUGAGCGAGGAAGAGAAAAAGCAUGAACUACUUAGCCACGAGGUAGGAAGUUUUGUUGCCAUCGCGUAUAUAGUUUUAAGAAGCUGAGUCGGU